AUGGCUCCUUCUUUAGUGAGAUUAUAUGAACAAAUGCCUGAACCAAAAUACGUUAUUGCUAUGGGAGCAUGUACAAUUACAGGGGGGAUGUUCAGUACCGAUUCUUAUAGUACUGUUCGGGGAGUUGAUAAGCUAAUUCCUGUGGAUGUCUAUUUGCCGGGCUGUCCACCUAAACCGGAGGCCGUUAUAGAUGCUAUAACAAAACUUCGUAAGAAAAUAUCUCGAGAAAUCUAUGAAGAUCGGAUUAGAUCUCAACAGGAGAAUCGGUGUUUUACUACCAGCCAUAAGUUUCGUGUUGGAUGCAGUACUCAUACUGGAAAUUAUGAUCAAGAAUUACUCUAUCAACCACCAUCUACUUCAGAAAUCCCUCCUGAAAUAUUUUUCAAAUAUAAAAGUUCAGUAGCUUCCCACGAAUUAGUGAAUUAG